CGCGCGCUGGCGUUUCAGUGCGCGUUGUAGCCAUCGACGCGUGCGCACGCAUCUUCCCAAUAUAAAGCCGCGUAUCGACGUACGAGACUACGAAAUAUUAAAAGAAUUGUUAUCAAUGAAAAUAUGCGAAAUUUUCAUUCUAUAUGCUCUUAUAAAUAUUGUUGUUGAUUAAUUUACGAUAAGCAAAAGCUUCCCUUUAGUGAAGUGGUAAAAAUUUUUAUUAGUGGAGUGAUAUUAAUUUCGAAACAGUGUCCAUUGUUUUGGAGAAAAUGAAGGUCUUGACAGUUGAAGAUAAAGUUGCAUGUGUUGGAAUUGAAAACGAACCGAGAGUUGAUGUUACAGAAGCGAAAUCAACGAAGGAGGAGUUAAAUAGAGGCUGCCCUCUCGGAGUAUCUCGCGUCAUCAACUCGGUAUACAUAUGCGGUGCCCAUGCCUUGCCUGGAGCUGUGAAGGCGUUACGACCAGGACUUGUAAUAAAUGCCGCACCUGAACUGCCACCUCCACCGGAAGAUUAUGUUCCAAGACAAUACAUACCACUGCUGGAUACCCCAAACUCUGAUAUGUAUCCAUUCAUGGAACGGGUCGCUGACCUUGUAAAUGAGGUCGUGUCAAGAAACGAAGUGGUGUUGGUACAUUGCGUGGCGGGUGUUUCGAGAUCUGUCACUCUCUGCUUAGCUUACCUUGUCAAAUGGCACAAGAUGACUUUGUGCGAAGCUUAUCAUCACAUGAAGCUUAGAAGGCCACAAAUUCGACCGAACACGGGUUUCUUCAAGCAAUUAAUAAAAUUCGAAGAGAGACUUUUUGGUGAAGCGUCUGUGAAGAUGGUUUAUUGUGAAGCUAUUGACAAAGAGAUUCCUGAUGUAUACGAAGCUGACUACAGUGGAAUGACGUGGUUUAGACAAAGAUAUGGUCCAAUAGAAAAAUGAAAUGAGAUCAUAAUUAAAAUGUUAAGUAAAGUUUAAUAUUAAUAUACGUUAGUUAUAUAUAAUUGCAAAGGUUUGCUCCGAUUUAUAGUUUAUAUUAGGAGAGAUCUCAAAAAAACAGGAGAUAAUAAUGAUAUUCUGUCAUUUGUAUUCUAGAAACUCAGACUCAAAUUUUUCAAACUCAAAUUCCUUUAUUCAAUAGAAAACCAUUACACUUACGUAUUGAUUGUCAAAUUAAAAACUAAUAACGGUUCGGAAAAGAAAAUAUCCUGACCUGAGAAGAACCGGGGAAAGAAACUGUAACUGGUUAAAAAAAUGUUUAAACAGUUACAAAAACAAAAUAUGCACGCUAAAAUUAAAUAAGGCAUCUGUUAUGCUAAUGAUAUAAUAUAGAUGUUUAUGUAUGUUGAUUAAGACUGAGAUACGAAUGAAAUAGUUUAAGUUACCUGUUGAAGAAAAUCAGCGUCUCAUGUUAUUUGCAGAAGCGAAAAUUAGAACUGAUUUCUGAAUUCAGUAUGAUUGUAUUAAGUAAAUAAUUGUGAUUAUUAUUCAUAAAGCUAACGAUUCAUUUCUUAUUGCAUGUAUUUUAAAUAUCUUUACGACUGGCUCGCACAAAGCGAAUGUAGAUAUCAAUUAUAUGAAAAAUUACAAUUUUAAUUACAUAAAAAGUAUUUUAUAAAUGCAGAUAGCUCAUCAUCUUCUAAGUUUCUAGAUGUUCUUAGUAUUGUGAUAAAUUAUGAAAAAUGUUAGUUAUA